CAUAAAUUGCUCUGGAAACGGAGAGAGGGAGAGAGACAGUGCUGGAGACAGAGCAGAUGCACUGGCAGGAGCAGAGUUGAGGCUUUUUCUCUCUCCCUCCUGUCUCUCUUUUGUUGUGUCGGUACAGAUAAAAAUCUGAUGCACGUUGGCGAGAACGACCACCAGCAGCACCAGCACCUCACUGCAAGCCUCUCAUCCUCUGCCUGUGUGCCGGAGCUGGAUCAAGUGUGGAGCUGGUUGUGCGGCAGGCUAACAGCGGGCUAGCGGGGGGCUGCAAGGCUCAGUGGCAGCGAGAAGAGGAGGAAAAAAAAGGAGGAGGGGCUGUGGUGAGCUGGUGGGCUUCCUCUGCCUCACAGACACAUUUUAUUGACUUGCUAAUUGGAUGAGGCACUCGGAGGAGAGGAUGCGGUGACCGAGAGGAGCUGCUCUCCAGAGGAUGGAUACAGGCUCAAGGAAGCGUUGCUUUGGCUGCGUAAAUCUGGCUACUACUUCUCUUCUUUUUUUUUAAAUUCUGGAGACAUAACAACAGAUGUUUUCCAGCAUCUCCCAUUGACCCUCACACCGUGCAUACAUAAUUUUAUGCAUGACAUUGUCGAAUGGAGGCUCCAGCUGCCAGACGCUUCGUGACAAGUGAAUGAUUUCCAUUUUGAUGUUUUUGCACCCUGUUCCCGAUCACCUGUUUUUUUUCUCAUCAGCUGGAGGUCUUUUUUGAAUUUUUUUUAUUCUUCACGUCAGCCUUUUUUGAUGUGCCGUUUGAUAUGAGAUAAAUUCUUCAUUAAAUCAAAUAUACGAGGAGCAGUGCAAUGGAUAUUCUUCAAGAAAAAUGAAGUCUUGUCCUGGUUGCCAUGACUGAGGUGUGCAGGUCUGGCUAGGUCAGAGAGCAGGUGCCACUGUGCUGAAGUCUGCUGUCCCAAUGAGCAAGGCAGGCAACCCACAGAGACGCACCACCUACCUCAUUUCCCUCACUCUGGUGAAGGUUGAGGCUGUGCCAGAGGAUGUAGCAGGGAACCAAAGGGAGGCUCUUCCAGAGGGGGAAGGGAGCCCUCAGAAGGAGGAGGAGGUGAGCAAUGCCCCUGAAAAUGAGGAUGAGCCUGAAUAUGAACAAGUGGAGGAAAAAGAAGCCACACAGGUGGGAGAGGAAGUGGAGCAAGUGCUGUAUGCCAAGUAUGGCAGCCCCGUUGAGAACUCGGGGAAACCUGAGAGGAGGGAAACUCCUGGACACCAAAAAGACCUUGUACCAGUCGCUAAAAGCAAAGACUCUUCUUUUGUACAUCCACCUGCUAGACAAAUGGUCAAAGUGUACGGAGGAACUACCUCUGAGGGGACCGUGCGCAGAGAAGGGCCCCGCUCAGAGGCCAUGCGCCCCAAGACGGAGCUUUACAGAGAGCCCCCCAUGCUGUUCUUAAAGGGUGAAAAUGGAGCAGAUCUGAACAGUCGCUCACGCUGCAGCCUCCCUUUCUCCAUCCCGCCGCCGGUCAGCCAGCGUCCUGAAGUCAUGAUGAGGCCACAUGCAGGAGGAAACCCUGCAUGCUGGAGGGAAAUCAGAGAGACCAACACAAGCCUGUAUCACUCUGCUAGGACUUUGGAUCGAAGGGAUAACCGGUUCGGGGACCAGUCCCCCUUAAUGGCAGCUACAACUCUGGGGCCUUACAGGGCGUCCUGGGCCGACAGCGACGGCAGGGGCACGCUCAUUCGCCCCGGAGUUCCCAUGAGCGGAGGAUUUUCAGGCAUCAUGACCAGGGACAGCCCUCAGGGGGAGAGGUUUAAGACGGUGUCUGUCUCCUUGCCUGCACCUCCUGCCACCGACGUGUCCAGGCCUCAGAGAAAAGGUACAAGUCGUACCCUGGACAACAGCGACCUACAUUCCCCCUCCGAGGACCUGAAGAAGGGGAAGGAGGGCCAGGGAGGAACAAUCCAGCGCGCUCCUCCCCGUGACAGAAAGAUGCUCAAGUUCAUUAGUGGCAUUUUCACCAAAAGUACAACGGUGUCAGCCAGCGUCAGCACAGCUCCUCCUCUCUAUCCGGCUGUGGAAAGAGGCUCGAGUGAGGAGGAAGCUGCAUGCACCAGCAGUCAAGAAUGGACCAUGAGCCAAACUGUACAAGAGCUUCACCUGGGUGUUUUGGGAGGUCUGUGCAGUGGGAAAUCUGCUCUGGUCCACAGACACUUGACAGGAAGUUACCUGCAGCUUGAAAACGCUGACGGGCGCCAGUACAUUAAAGACGUCCUGGUUGAUGGACAGAGCCACGUGUUGAUAAUCAGAGAAGAGACAGAACUACCGGGUGCUCAGUUCGCAAGUUGGGUGGAUGCAGUCAUCUUGGUUUUCAGUCUGGAAAACGAGGCCAGCUUCCAGGAAGUUUACAGAAUCUACCACCAGCUCGCUCUCCACCGGCCUGUUUCUGAGAUACCUUUCAUUGUCGUCGGUACUCAGGAUAAGAUCAGCAGCACCAACCCCAGAGUCAUAGAUGACGCCAGGGCCAGGCAGCUCUGCUCAGAUGUGCGGCGCUGCACCUAUUAUGAAACCUGUGCGACGUACGGCCUCAAUGUGAACCGAGUCUUCACUGACGCUGCUCAGAAGAUCAUGACAGCCAAGAAGCAAGCAGCUCUGCUGGCUUCCUGUAAAUCUCUCCCUAACUCUCCCAGUCACUCUGGAGGCUCCACCCCUGUGUCAGGUGUCUUUCCAGGACAGGCCAGUAAUGGUGGUCAGAGCAGUGAUUACUCCUCAUCACUUCCCUCCACUCCUGUGAUCAGCCAUAAAGAGAUCGGCAAGACAUUGAGGGGGGAUAAGCAGGACAGUGCCACGCCCGGGUCAGUCCGCAGCGCCACCCGGAGACGCACCUCCAGAUUUGCGGGUCGGAGAGGCAGCGACUCGAACAGACGGAGUGCAGACUGUAAUCUGGGCAGUGGACGCUCCAUUCCCAUCAAACAGGGCAUCUUGCUGAAGCGCAGUGGCAACUCGCUCAACAAAGAGUGGAAGAAGAAGUAUGUCUCGCUGUCCAACGACGGCAUACUGUCCUAUCACUCCAGCGUCAAUGACUACAUGCUGAAUGCCCCCGGGAAGGAGAUGGACCUGCUGCGAGUGACAGUGAAGGUGCCAGGGAAGCGACCACCUCGGGCCGUACCCACCUGCGGCCUUCCAGUUGGGCUUAACGGGCGCGCCAAAGAUGUGCCGGGACCCGAGGGUGUCAGCCCAGUCCCUGUAAGCGCCAGCAGCCUCCUGCAGGUGGAGGAAAUGGAAGGGCUGGGUGGUGCACUGUUCCUGAGGAGCAACAGAGGCGUGCAGCGAUGUCCCUCCACACUAUCCAACCACGCUCAAAGUGUUGACUCUGCAGUUGAGGGCGUGUCCAGCUCUUCCUCCACCAAAGACGUGGGCUCCUCCUCCCCGGUGACAGACAGGAAGAAGCACCGCAGGAAGAAGAGCAUGAACCAGAAAGGAGAUGCAACCAUUGGCCAUGCAGACGCCAAGCGCAAAAUGUGGAAACUUAAAAGCUUUGGUAGCUUAAGAAACGUAAGCAAGACAGAUGAGGAUAACUUUGACUUCCUCAUCGUGUCGAGCACCGGCCAGACGUGGCACUUUGAAGCCCAGAGUGUGGAGGAGAGGGACUCCUGGGUCCAAGCCAUCGAGAGUCAGAUCCUGGCUAGUCUGCAGCUGUGUGAGAGCAGCAAAAACAAGGCUCGCAAGAACAGCCAGAGUGAAGCAGUGGCUCUGCAGGCGAUCCGCAACGCCAAGGGCAACAACUUCUGUGUUGACUGUGAUGCUCCUAAUCCAACCUGGGCCAGUCUGAACCUGGGCGCUCUUAUCUGCAUCGAGUGUUCGGGGAUCCACAGAAACUUGGGCACCCACCUGUCGCGUGUUCGCUCGCUGGACCUUGAUGAUCUGCCACGAGAGCUCACGCUGGUGCUCAGUGCCAUCGGGAACCACAUGGUCAACAGUAUAUGGGAGGCUCGCACGCUGGGGCGCCGUAAACCAGCACCUGAUGCUACACGUGAGGAGCGAGAGUCGUGGAUAAGGGCCAAAUAUGAGCAGAAACUGUUUGUGGCGCCGUUGCCCCCUCCCACUCCUGGCGAGGGCCCAGACAUCACACUAUCUGGUCGUCUUCUGUUGGCAGUGUUGGAGCAUAACCUCCCCAAGCUGCUGCUCCUUUUGGCCCACUGCACUAAGGAGGACAUUAAUGCCCCUCUCAGCCUGGCGCUCUCCUGCAGGUCACUCUUAGCGCUGCGACUGCCUGGCUCUGCCCUGCAUGCUGCCUGCCAGCAGGCUGAUGUGGUGAUGACGCAGCUUCUCGUUUGGUAUGGCUGUGAUGUGCGGCAGCGGGAUGUUCAGGGGCAGACGGCUCUGGUUCUGGCUCGCAGUGCUGGCAGCCAGGAGUGUGUUGACAUCUUGCUCCAGUACGGAUGCCCAAAUGAACCGGCCUCCUCCUACCCCGCCGCUACGACAGUCGGUUUUGCAGCAGCCGCUGCACCCAGCUUCCCUGUUGCCAUGGCGCCGAGCCUGACGGUUGCCACGACACUCAAGAUCUCGCACAAGAGUGGCGGCACCAGCUUGAGUUACAGCACCUCCAGACGAGCAGUUUCAUAAUCGAAAUGUGGUGUGGUAAAAUGUGUGUGUGUGUAUGUUGCUUUGCCCUCAUACUGUCCUGUACCUUCACACAGGCCUGCAGGACUGAUGAACGUGUUGCCAGAUGUUGCACUCCCUGAGGUUUUAAAGAGUGUGUGUGUGUGUGUAUUUCAGGGAUGAGAACACACUCUGGUAAUAGCACAGACGCAUUAAGUCUGUUAGAAGGAUUUAACCAAAACAAAAAAAGAGAAAUUUUGCCCUGACUACACUUUCUACGUAAGAUAAAAGAAGAUGACAUCCAGAUGCCUCUGCAUCCGGAUUCAGUAGGAAUGUAUUGCACUGCAUACCAGCUGGUAUGAUUCACAUUCCAUCAUGCAGUCAAUAUUCACCUUAAAGGGAUAGUUUGGAUUUUUUUUAACUGGGGUUGUAUGAGGUACUAAUGUAUAGUCAGUGUGUUACCUGCAGUAGAUGGUGGUCAGCUCGGCUCCAGUUUGGAGAAGCAUGCAGGAGUUGUGACACAGGAAUGAAGCAAUGCACUGCUUUGGGCAGGAGCCGCAGCAAAAUGUACUUUAGCCACAUUAAAAAAAGCCCACCUUAACAAACUAUGUCAGUUUAACCCUUUGAUGCUCAACAUGGGUCUAAAGUGACCCGACAGUUUUUAUGUUCUAUAUCUUUGCAAUAAUUCAUCAUUCAGUAUCCCAGGUUUUCCUCAAUUAGUUUGUUUUUUGAUCAUCAUACAUCCGAAUUUUUAUGUUUUCCUUUAUUAAUUUUUGAAUAAAUCCCUUUUUCUGUCACUAUUCCUCUAAUACACAACAUGGGUGAAAAAUGACCCAUAUCCAUUUUUUAGCUAAGUAGCUUGUUAAGCUAACUUCUUGGCUAAGUAUUUAGCUAAGUAGCUUGCUAAGCUAACUACUUAGCUAACUUCUUGGCUAAGUAGUUAGCUAAGCAAGCUACUCAGCCAAGUAGUUAGCUAUGUAAUAAUACAAAAACUUUUUUUCUUCAUAAAUUAUGAGAGGCAAAAUGAAAAUAAUGAUCUGUUGUUAUCAAAAACAAGAUAUUUAAAUAAUAUUUAGAAUAUUCAAUCAUAAAAUAAGUUGAUAUCAAAAGAUAGAGCACAGAAACACACAGCAGCAUUAAAUAACAUGAAGGGAAUGAAUGAGGGUCAUUUUAGACCAUGUUGUGCAUCAAAGGGUUAAAUCUAUGCUUUAUUAAGAAGACUUUAAGUUUAUGCUGGGGGAACAGAAGCUGUUCUAUGUUCGCCUCAAAGCCUCCAGACUCUAUUGACAAAAACAGUAAUUUUGCUUCACAGAACAGGACAGGAGCUACUGGUCUACCGCUGCCUCAGUCACAUACUUAUUUUCUGAUAUUGUGUGACUUCGGUGAGUUUGUGCUAACCCUUUAAAAUGCCAAAGUCGCACUAUAACAAACAAACUAAUCCAUCAAUGCAGCUUCUGUGUUCUGCAAGGUAAAAUUACUGUUUUUGUCAAUGGAGUUUGGUGGCUUUGAAGAGAGCGUAGAAUGGUCUGUUAAGGAGGGAAAAUAUUCUAAAUAUAGCAUAAACUUCAACUGAUAUUGAUUUUUUUUUCUUCUUUUUUUUGUAUGUGGGACUUUUAAUAGGUGGCUAAAAUAUAUUCUGCUGCUGCCACCAUCUACAGCAGUACAUUGCUUAGCUUUCAUGACUGCUACCUGCUUCUCCAAACUGGGGCUGUGAUGAGCACUAUCUACUGUUGGAAACACACUGACUAUGAAUAAAUACCUCAUACAACCCCACAUCAAGAAAUACAAUCUAUCCCUUUAAUUUCCAGCCAUCGAAGAAUGGGAAUUUGCCUUUGGCUUAUCUGAGCAUCUAAGGCCCAGAAAUAAAGAACUGCAAUAAGUUUACAAUGUUAAGGCUAAACACAUCCACACUUCUUAACUUUAUUGACAACGAAUGUCACUUUUAAAUUCAGAGUGCAAACACUGUGUUAUGUUCAACACAGCCGACAGGUCGUUCAGUGCAUAAAUAAUGUUGAAAAAAUAAAAUAAUAGAAAAAAUACUUUACAGUGGCUGAAAAAGAGAGGCCGCUUUGAAGGUAAUCAAAAUAACUGUAUAGAAAUGACUUGAUAAAAAUAUUAUAAUUCUAAAAAUUUAAAAGUGCUUCAUUUUCGAGAUUGUUAUUGUAUGAUUUGUACAGUUGGUUCUGUGUAUAAAACUCAAAGGGUUACUCAUAGCUGUUCAGAUAUUUCCUGUACAGCGUCUGGGUUCAGAUUUCCUUUAACCUGAUUAACUCUUUGACAUCCAAGACUGAGAUUUCUAUGUUAUGUUUGUAUCACUGUGUGUGACAUGAACACUGUACAUGACGUGUGCAUUAAGACUCCAGCAGCAGCUCAUCAUCAAGGCGAGUGUCAUACUAGACGUGUAAAUGCCUUGAUUUUUAUUGAAUGUAUACAAAAACAGAUGGUUUGAAUUUAUUAUUUCAAGCACUAAUGUGUUUUUCAAGAUGAUGAAGUUUUGGUGGACUGUCAGGGCGUUUGAUUUUUUUAACUUAACUAAUAUUAUUCCUGCUGUGACUAAUAGAAAGUAUGGUAUUAUAGAUUAAAACUCUGCGAAGGUUCUGAUCUAUAAAACUGGGCCUUUGAAUGACUUUGAUUAUAUUUGUUAGUGGAUGAAAAUCAACAUGAAAUAGAGGAAUGUUGCCCAUUUUAAUAUGUUUAAAAAAGGCAUAAAAAACAACCCUCCUGCAGUACUGUAUGUAUUUUGUGUUAAUCUGAAGACACCGCUGAGUGUACAUGUCUGUGAUGUAAGCAUCUCUCUCCAUUUGUAUUUUUUUUACUCAUGCAAUGACUCAUAGAGCAUUCAUUAUCAAUACACUAAGGCUACCGCCCAAGCUGUGGUGUUUUGUACAGAGUUGUGUGUGUUUUUCUGUGUCGGGGCUCAUAAAAGGCGAGCCGAGGUUAUUAUUAGUUAAAUUUCCAGCUGCGUCAGAAUUAACAGCAGCCGUUAAUGAGGCUGAGGGAGGCUUCAGCAGACAGGGACAUCAUCAUGCAGUAUAGUUGCAUCACAUAGGCUUGUGCACAGAGGGUUCAUGUUUCAAAUCGCUCUUGUUGAGAGCUGUUUUCUGGACAGGUGGAGCCGGCAGCCAUCACUUAACACUCAAUGAGCAUUUGAACGUGAGAUCCUCUGGAUCAAACCAGUUCUAGUUAAAGGUCCCCACUGGCUUUGACCUACUUAUUUUCUAGGUCGAUGUCACAGACUCAUUUUAAUAUCAUAAGAUGGUUUCAGUUUCAAGGGUUCACAGUAAUACAGUGGUUUUUGUUGUGAGGACAAAAGUGACAUGAAUGGGGAAUCUUUAUAGAUUGUAUUCGAUUUAAAGAUGCUGAUGUUCAGAUAGUCAAGAAAUGUCAAUAAAUUUAAGGUUCAUAAAGGAACAGUUCACACAAAAACAGAAUACCUUUAUUUGAUAUUACCUAAAAUGUAAAAGAAAAUAUGCACAGAAAACAGAAAAACUCAUCAGCAAUAAUGUUGAACCUCAUAAGAGCGGGAGCUUGUUGUUAAUUGUUUUUUGAACACCAAUUGCCAGAUGGGUCAGCGGUUCAUAUGUUCAAAUUUGGCCCUCCACUAAGGAGAUCGUGUCAUGUUCAGCCUUGUGUGUUUGCUUUGGCCAAGGAAGAACCCGUUACACUUUGGAGCAGAUCUGAAUUUGAAGAAAUGUCUUUAAGCCUCGACUAAGACUCUAUUAAUGUGUAAACCAGUUAUUACAGUCGGAAACAUCCAAUGGGCCAUCCAGUUAAGAGCAAACAGGAAAUCACUAGCCGUGUUUCCAUUAAAGUCGAAGCAAAUUUUGCAGCAAAAUUUUGAAAUGUUGCAUUAAAGAAAAUGCAAAUUUGGAACAUUUCUAUCAAAAACAAAGCUGCAUAAACAAACUUUUAUCAGAAGAUCGCGGUGUAAUAUAUUGCUGUAGGAUAAUCCGUCAGUUAACAGUAGAAGAGAUUGCAACAAAAAAGAGGUGGCUAAAUUUUGGCCACACACAAGAGAAAAUGGGUUCAGGGUUAGACUAAACUAGUCUUCAGGAAUUGGAUUCAAUUCUUAUUAUUGUUUUUUCAUGUCAGCUCGUCAGAACAUCAGAACUUAUUAAAAAACUAAAAAACGUAUUAAAAAACAAACAGUUUCCAUCUCCCAUUUAGAAACAUUAACUAUUUUUUCGAAAAUCCUUUUUUUUGUUUGUUAGUAAAGGCUGCCAACCACUGCUGUUGUCAAAUGUGCCAGGACGACAAUCGCUCAUGAAGAACGAAGGCCAUCAUGCUUAUUGUUUGUGUCCGUAACAAAGAAAUCUCCAGAGCCCUCCAUUGACCCAGCUGACGCCAAGCACAGCUCAGGUUGAAGGACUGAUGUGUCGAGCGGGGAAUAAAUCAGCGCCAACAUUGCAAGAACAGACUAGUGUUGCUCCAAAUUUAAUAAAACAGUGAUCCGUUUCAUACAAUAUAAACAAUUUAAACCCAUAAUAAUAAAGGCAUUUUACUC